AUGUCUUCCGAUCUCUCCAACGAGACCCAUGCGGGAGACCCCAAAAUCUCAGUAUUGUAUUGGUCCCUUGCUGAACACCCCUCUACUAGACAACUAUCAUUAAACCACACAAAAUGGUAUGGGACCGAUCAAAGUGGUAGAGAAGGUCUCGAUAAGUCGAUACAGAAAAGUGAGAAUUUCGAAGCUGCAUAUCAUUUGAUUGAUCUAUACAAUGAUACGAUGAGAGCUUCACAAGCCUCAAAAUUGAGGUUGAAGAGAGAUAUCAGAGAAAGCGUAGCGGCCUUUUUCCCUAGUUGGAUCGAAUUCAAACCUGGAUACACUUAUAGACAUAUCAGUGAUGGUACUCUCGUAGAAAAUGGAACUUACAGGCAGAAAGAGGUACAAGCCACUACGGUAAGAGAUAUCCAAAGGAUCAACAAGAUGUUUGAAGAGAAUAAGGAUGAUUGGAAUGGAAUUUUGAUAUUCGGUACCACGCACGACCCUGAAGAUAAAGAGAAAUAUAUUUCUUCUUCUAUCGUAAAUUCAGUGGAAGAAUGGUGGUUCGGAGUUGACACUGCUAAUCAACCUAAACGUGAAAGAGAAAGGGAAAGUGAGAUUACGGGUAUCAGAAUGAUUGUAUCACCUUUACCUUCCUCAAACACAUUUACGCAAAAGAGGGACAUACUUCUUGAAUUCAUUGACCAGUGCAAAAUUGAUAAUGUGCUUAGCUAUCCCCGAGCUCAUAAGGCUGCAAGUGAUCAUACGGAGUACGGAUGUGAGGUCAUGAAAGUCUGGGAGGAUAGUCUGAAUGAGCUCGAGGCGUUUGAACCUGUAAAUAUCAUAUCACUAAAGGAUGAGUAA